AUGCGGAAGCUGGGACUGGGGAAGAAAGGCAUGGAGCAGCAAGUAGCAGAGGAGGCGCAUCAGCUCGUGGAGGUUUUUGCACGUUCAAAGGGGCAACCACUUGACCCCUCCAUGCCCAUCACUAAUUCAGUCUCCAACGUGAUAUGUGCUAUGGCUUUUGGGCACCGGUUUGCUCUUGAAGAUGAAAGGUUCCAGAAGCUGAUAGAAGCCAUGAAUUUCUCCCUAAAAUUUAUAGGAAGCUUCGUUCAUGCUCUUUAUGAAAUGCUCCCAUGGCUCAUGAAACAUCUCCCAGGGCCCCACAAGAAGGCCUUGUCCUGCACAGAGAUGGUGCUUUCAUUUGCAAAGGAGGAGAUAGAGAAGCAUAAGGAGAAUCAGUCUCUGCAUGAUCCACAGGAUUUCAUUGAUUUCUAUCUACUUCAGAUGGAGAAAAGCAAAAACGACCCAGAGUCCACCUAUGAUGAAGAAAACAUGGCUUUUAAUAUUUCCGGGCUCUUUGUAGCAGGGACAUCCACAACCACCAGUUCUCUGAAAUGGGCACUUCUCCUCCUGGCAAGUCAUCCAGAUAUCCAAGAUAAAGUCCACAAGGAGAUAGAAGAUGCUUUAGGUUCUUCUCACACAAUCUGCUAUCAAGAUAAGAAGAAACUGCCCUACACCAAUGCUGUGAUUCAUGAAAUGCAGCGCUUUCAAUAUGCCUUAUUUAUGGGGGCUCCUAGGCAAUGUACAAAGGAUGUGAAGAUGCGUGGUUUUCUCUUUCCCAAGGUAAAGAAGAGUGAUACAGCUGCACGCCUGUAUCCCAAGAGUCUAUGAGUAGGUUGCAUAUUCAGAGAUGCCC